AUGGGUAUUCCUGAGACAAUUCCGACCAAGAGCGCUGCUGAGGUGGACGACCGAGAUGUCGAGCGGGAUAAUGUCCCAUAUCAUUGGUAUCGAGGAGUAUUCUUCCAAGCAACAAUCGUCGGUCUUGCCGCUUUUGUAGCACCAGGUCUUUACAAUGCCAUGCAGUCUACUGGUGCGGGUGGACAACAAACGCCGUACCUUGUUAUGGCCGGAAAUGCAAUCCUCAAUUGCUGCAUGGUCCUGACUUGCAUCUUUGGUAGCGUCAUUGCCAAUCGCUUCGGUCUCAGGGCAACUUUUGUCUUUGGCACCACAGGUUAUGCCAUAUACUCUGCCUCGCUAUACGCGAACAAUCGUUAUGGCACAGAGUGGUUCAUCUAUCUUGGCAGCGCAGCAUGUGGAAUUACAGCCGGCGCAUUCUGGGCCGCUGAAGGGGCAAUCAUGCUCAGCUACCCUGAACCACACCAGCGCGGACGGUAUCUGGCGUACUGGCUUGCUUAUCGUAACGGAGGCUCCAUCAUUGGCGGCAUCAUCAACCUGGCCUUCAACUAUGCUGGUACGACGACAGGCAAGCUCAACUGGCGGACCUACAUCAUUUUCGUCGCACUCCAGUGCCUGGGCCCUUUUAUCGCCAUUUUUGUCUCACCUCCAGAAAAAGUGCAGCGAAAGAACGGCACUAAGGUCGAGAUUGAAGGGCGAAUCUCGACAAUCACCGAACUUAAAGCAUACGGUCAACUCCUGAGUCGAAAAGAAGUCCUCCUGGUCCUCCCGCUAUUUCUCUACGCCACAUGGCCGCUCUCUUAUAUCGGGUCGUACCUUUCCCUCUACUUUAGCGUGCGCUCGCGGGCGCUGGCCUCGCUCGUUAGUGCAAUCGCGCAAAUCAUCACCAAUAUUGUCUUUGGCAGCUUCUUGGACUGGAAGCGCUUCUCACUGCAGCAGCGUGCCAAAUGGUCCUACAUCUUCAUGGUCUCGCUCAUCCUCGGGUGCUGGGUCUGGGGCGUCGUGGUGCAGAAGGACUACGGAGCGCACAAUCCAAAGCUCGACUGGGCCAGCCAUGGGUUCGGCAGAGGAUGGGCGUUGUACAUUCUAUGGCAGGUCAACUUCGCAAUCAUCUACAACUACUGCUACUGGAUGGUCGGUUUCAUGGCCGAGAAGCCUAACGAGAUUGUCCGCUACACCUCCAUCGUCCGCGGCGUCGAGGCCGCAGGCGGCGCGAUCGCGGCGGGAAUCAGCUCUACUCACGCGCCUCUCAUAGCGGCACUCGGGGUAAAUUUUGGCCUUAUUGCUGUCGCAAUCUUGCCCGCUUGGUUUGUUAUUAGAAAAAUUGGGACGAAAGAAACCCCAAAUUUGUAUGAGGAUGAUGAGGGCCAGGCGUAG